GUCGCUCGAGCCCCUCCUAUAACUGGAGUUUAGUCUAAAGCCACUUCCCCGCUGUCAAACACCCACGAAAGCUGCGGACAAUCAGUUUUUUCGACUGUCCAUAUCUGUGGACUAUCUCACACAAGCGUGGUGUAAGUUGUUGGUUUUGUUUUCAGGAUGCAUUCGGACCCAGUGGAGAAAUCCGCCUCGCCGAGAAAACGGAUCGUCUCGCGCGCGAUGAGCGAGGAGGAGUCUCUUCGGCACAUAAUAGAGGCUGAAGAGUCACCCAAGCGCUUAUCUCGCAGAGACAGCAGAUAUGGAUCUCUCAGGAGGGGAGAGACAAGAGGAAGUCAGAGUGAAGACGAGCCUGCAGAGAACACCUCCAUGAUGGAGCUACAGCAGAACUACGAGAUGUGUUUAGCAGAGCUACAGAGCAUCGAACUGCGUCAGGAGGUGUUGCUUUUCCAGGUAGAGUGUCUCCAGGAUGCCCUGGAGGGAGCUGAGGAGAUGCUCACUGAAUCCAAGAGGGAGGCUCAUCAAUUCAGCAUGGAGCUGGAGCGAGAGAGGGAGCAGAGAAGGAAGUUGGAAAAUGAUGUUGCAUCACUGACGCAGGAGUUGGAGCGGUUAAAGGAGGAGAAAGUUUCAGUUCCAGCUGAAAGUAUAAUACAAGAGCAGAAAGAAGCUGCUGUGAUCACAGAUAAUCCCGAUGCUGAUGACGUGGAUGGAUGUGAAUCUAAUGAGAUCAAAUCAGAAGACACCCCCUCCCAACCUACAGUCUCUACAAACAGUUUCGCUAACUUUGCUGCUACGGCAUAUCUGCUUUUUAAGAACAGAAGAUUGGAGCCAAUUCUAUCCAGACAGGCUGCUGCAGAUGGAACCACGGUAGACGAGGAGGUUAAAAAUACACACGCGGUUGGUUCAGAAGGAAGCAGCCGAAAAUCUCAUGACGGCGAAGAUUAUGACGAGAGCAGUGGCUACGAAGACGCUCCAUCAGAUUUCUCACCUUCAACUCCUGAUGGCUCUUCAGACGCAGGGUUGCCAGAAGAUGGAGAGAGUGAACUGAAAAACAGCAAUGAGGCCAGAAAUGUAAGAGAUCCAGAUGCCUGUCUUCUGUCUUGAAGUGCAGGAGUGUGGAAUCCGUCUGAUAUCGAGACUGAUUUUAGCGUGAAUUCCUGCCAUUUUUCCAAAAGGUUAUAGGGCAUUUUACAAUUAGCCCUGUUUUAUGAAUCUAUCUUUUAGUGCAGCUUUAGGCAUUAUUAUUCAUAAACACGCUGCCACAUGUUGCUGUAUAAGGCUGGAUGUGUUUUUUGUUUAGCAGAACUUGAUAUAUCACUGGAGCUUUUUGGGCUGGAUACCAGAAAUAAAAGAUUACUCGAACCUCAUUCUCAAGAAUUCAAAUGAGGAGCGACUUAGUUGGAGUUUAUAUUACUGUAGUUGUGAGAAAAGUCAUAUCAAAAGCUAUGACUGCAAAACCAACCCCCCCCUUCAAAUAUGACCUGAUUUUAUGUUGAUAAUAGACGUGCCAAUAUGAAUCUUCUUAUUAGAAUAAUUACUUUCACAUUUUUUAUAUUAUUGUUAUGCGAGCUAGAUUUCUGUGCAAUUUUUUUCAGUUGUUCAUGGUACCCUUAUUUGGCGAACACAUAUAUCAUGUAGUGUUUUACGAGCUGGAGGAAUCCGAUGCUGCCUUCAAUUUUGUCUAAGAUUGUCUAAGAGGCAAAAAAAUUUAAUUUUGGUUGUGCCCAAGUUCAGCAUUGAAUUUCUUUGUCAUGGCAGACUCACAGUUGUGGUUAAUGGCUCAUAUGAAAGUAAAUGCUCAGGGCUUUAAGAAUUUUGUAGUAAGUAUUUCUGUUUUUAGCCUACUGGGGCAAUUUACUCAUAGAAAAACAAAUUGGUUAGUAAAGUAAAUGGUGGUAUCAAACCCAUUUUCACCCAAAAGUUAGCUUCAACCAUUAAAAUUCUAUGUAAGGUUAUCACAGCAGAGGGAAAAACAGAGCCAACAUUGUCCUGGCUCAUUGUAUAUCAGACUUACAGCCACAGCAAAAAAAUUUCUUUAUACUGAUGCUAUGUCCCAUAAGUCGAUUUCCAUUCCGCUGGCAGAAUGGAACAUUAGCGUACUACCAGUUAAAAGACUUAUUUUGUCUUUACACUGCCUUCUUAACUGCCUUCCUAGACAAACUUUAUCUCAGGAGAGUGAGAAAUGUGAGUGACUUGGAGAUACAGCCCCACAAACCAAACCCCAUUGUGAGCAGGGCUAGUGUGAGCGACUGCAGGAAAGCUGAUGUUUGAAAAAAGGAAAGGAUGAUCUGUGAUAAUCAUCUCAACCAUGGUCUAACCAGCUGGCUGACAUCAACUUGUGGUUAGCUAUAUACAUACCUGAUAGAUUAAAAGUAGAUAUUUUGCACUACUUGAACUCAAAAAAUGGGAAUGUUGAAAGUAGUAACGUUUUUUGACUUCAUUCAUCUUCAGUAAACUCUUGACCCUGGUCAGGGUUCUGGUGAAUCCAGAGACUAUUCCGCACAGUAGCUUCAUGACAGGUUUUGGAUAUUGCACUCAAAAAUGAAAACUUAAAGUAAUCCUUUGUGUUGCAUACUUGUGUGUUGAAUUUACACACAUUUUCAAGGCAGGAAGUAAACUUUUGUUUAUAACAUUAAUCAUUUUGUGCAGGAACACUGGGAGUGAGGUGGAAAUACUCUCUAGUUCGGGUACCGGUCCAUUGCAGGACAGCAUGCACACACACAUUCACUCACACUUAGGGGCAAAUUUAUCAAUGCCAAUCCACUUACUAUUGUGUUUAUGGGAAGUGGGAAGAAAAACUAGAAGAAAACCACAUAGGGAGUUCAUGCAAAACUGUAAUAAUAUUUUUAAAUGACUUUAUCUUGGGUAACUUUCUGAGAUAUGUCUCACAUUUCACAUCCCUGCAUCAUUAUUAUUUAACCUCUGUCUAAAGAGGGCUUUAACAAUCAUCACUUGCAGUGCUGUAGCUCGUGAUUACUGAGAAAGUCUACCGGCAAAUUCCACUGAAAAGGAGAGCUGACUCUAUUUUAUAUGACUAUUCUAAAUUCACAAUAAUAAUAAUAAUGAUAAUAAUAAAUAAAUAAAAAUAAAUAAUGUUGUGUUGAAUAUCACAAUAUUGUUCAUUUUUAUAUUAUAGAAUGUAAACGCGUCAACUCGAGUGAUGCACAUGGUUCACUUUCCUUCCUUGAUUCUGCUGUCCGUGACUAUCUGACUGUACUUAAUGCAAUCCCAGAAUUAAAUUUGUAUGUUCAGGGUGGAUACAGACAAAGAUUUCCGGAAUGCUGUUAUCUAAAAGUAGCCAAGCAAGAUCCAUUCCCUGAUAUGUCACGUGAAAAAGCUUGCAUGCUUUCAUUAGCUUACGUCAAUUUAUCUCUCAGCGUGUCAGUGGCAUCUGAAUCAAUCGUUUCCUAAAACAUCACCAGACAUCAUUAUCUUACAGACUGUAUUGUCGUAGGUUCUUCUAUUUUGUAAAAUAGUCCUUUUUGGAAGCCUGACACAAAGUGGAUCAUUGAUUUCACUCAACUUCAUGACAUGUAGCUGGUUAGUUCCUGCUUUAUGUCAGAGCUUGUUAAUGAAGAAAGAUGCAUGCUCAGAAUAGACAACAGCUACUGAGAAAAGCUCAUGCAAAUCACAACCGGCUUGAAUAAUUACAGUACAAUAUGUUGCAUAUUAAAUAUUUCAUGUAUUUUUUUGGCUUUGUUAGAAUCAGGAAGAAGCUGUUAAUCAGUAUCCAUAAUGAAGUGCUGUUUUUACCUGCUUUUUGUAAACUGUAAAGGUCUAUGUAUAAUGUUUUCUGAAAAAAAUGCUUGGUAAAAAUGAACAAUAUCAGUGCACAAUUAGCCGUGUCCAAAACUUUCUUUGAUAAGUGUGUUUGGAGAGAGGGUGUAUGAGACACGCUAUCAGAGCCGUUUCUUCGAUUGAAGAUUAUUAGCUAAUGAUUCUCUGAAGGUGUAAGAAUCCUGUUCGGAUUGGAAAUGUACUGAAACCAUCAGUGCUUGGAUUUGAACUCAUAACUUUAGCACAAAGCCAGAACCACUGAGCUUCUACAGCAGCUAUUUCUUAAGUAAACCAUACAUAUACAGAAUUAAACAUGACUGAAUUCAUAAGCAUGUUUGCCUUGUGUAUCCUGUGCCUCCUGUCUUUACUUGCACAUAUUGUUCCAUGCUGGUCAUUAUUAAUCAGGAUGCUGAUAUUACAAUGUUCUGUCACAAUAAAUAGAUUUUUUUUUUCCUGA